AUGCUGGGCUUGGACACCAACAAGACAGUAAGAGAGGGAGGCAAGACGUGUGUAUAUCUAAAUCUGCCGGAGGACUUUAUAUAUGACAUAGAUAGCAUAGCGGUUGAAUAUGAUGAGAACGGGCAAGGUGUGGAGAUAGUCAACGACUUGAUACCGGGAUUCAUCAAGGACAACAUGAAGAAGUUCUUUAGGGGAGACCUAAGAGAGUAUAUAGGGUUUCUGGAGGAGAACCUGGAAACGUUCUUCAAGGGAGAGGUCCCGAAGAUGAAGGAGGCAGAGAAGUCCGAACAGGUUGUAAGGCCGUUUGAGCUGCCAAGAGACUACAAGUUUCCUGUUGACAGGAGAUCGUCGAUGAACAUAAGUAUUGAGAUUGAAAGAAGAUAUAUUUCUAUUGUUUCCUGUGAAAGCCUCAAUUUACAGGUUGGAUGUAACAGGUGUGGAAGAAACCUCGAGACGUCCGGGCCUGCAGAAUGUCCAGGAUGCAGGUCUAGAUUGGAAGUGAAGUACAUCCCCUCUGUCGACUCUGAAUUCCUGGGGUUUCUUGGUCUCCGUGGCUGUAAGUUAAUCUGCUUCAAUCCUUCGAAGUACCAGCUUUCUUGCGACGGAUGCUGCAUGAACUACGAGACCAACGAGCUGGGGAUAGGAGACGCCUUUAGGAUGAAGUGCUAUGAAUGUCUAUCGAGCAUCUUCUUGAGGAUAUCUAGCAUAAAACUCAUAGAGAGAAAGAAAGAAGCCCUUACGCCAGGACAGCCGCUUCCAGGUAAGGGCACAUGCAAGCACUACAGGAAAUCAUACAGAUGGUUUAGGUUUCCAUGCUGCGGCUCCCUUUAUCCUUGUGACAUAUGCCACGAUGAGGAGAGCGGGCAUGCAUGCCAGAUGGCAAACAAGAUGGUUUGUGGACUGUGCUCCAAGGAGCAGGGAGUCAAUAAGGAAUGCCCCUGUGGAAUGAAUUUGAAGAAGUCCACGUCGUUCUGGGAGGGGGGAAAGGGCAGUAGAAAUAAGGCAACAAUGAGCAGAAAAGACAAGAAAAAGUAUACGAAGUAA